AUGAAUAAUAACUUUUGGAAGGCAAACAAGUUGGCACAUUCAAAUCCUGGCGAAGAUGAAGAUGAUAUUGGUAGCAGUAGUAAUAGUAGUCAUAUUAGUUAUGAAGAAGAUUUAAAUCAAAAUAAUAAUAAUCAAAAUAGAAAUAUUAAAUCACCAAAAGAAAGUAGAAUAAAUAUAGAAGAUGAAGAUGAUCAAUAUCUAAGUGAUUUAGAUAGUACAAUAGAUCCAGAUAAACUCAAUAAUAAUAAUAAUAAGAUAGAUGAACCAAUAGAUAGAUUUUUUCUAACAAAGAGUGCACCGGCACCUGGAGAUUUAAUGGUACCAUCACCUAUUCGGGAAAGAGAGGAGAAAUUGAAAAGGAGACCCAAAGUAUUACAUAUAAAGUUGCAACAUACAAGAGGUUCAAACUUUCCAGGUUCAUUGAUCAAAUAUCGUCAUUUACCAGAUACCAAUAUUAGAGUUCACAGACAACAUGUAUUUAGAUCAUUUAAAGAAUGUAAAGAUAUUUGGAUGGAUUGGCAACAACUUUCAUCGCCAACACUCUAUAAAGAAGCAUUGGUAGAGUUUGUCGGUACAAUGAUACUAGUAUUUUUCGCUUUAUCCAUCAUUAUUACAAUGACCAAUUAUUUCAAUUAUUCCGUUGUCUAUAAUCCAUCCAACCAACCAGCACCAACAGUCAACCUAGUCCCAUCAUUUCGAACACCCAUAGCAGUUGGUAUCCUCCACGUAUUUAUGAUUGCCAUUCUCAUUCUCUCAACUGCUCCUGCUUCUGGUGCUCAUUUAAAUCCAACUAUUACUCUAACUACACUUAUUAGUGGUUAUAUUCCAAGAGGAAUAGUUGGAGCAGGAUUUGUAAAGGCUAUAUUACCAGAGGUUAUAGUCAAUCAGACUACAUUGGCAGUUUGUUCAUUUGGUGCAGAUAUGAACCGUGGUCAUGCACUGGCAGCCGAGUUUAUGUUGACAUUUAUCAAUGUUUAUGUUGCAUUUGCAACAGCACUCGAUCCAAGACAAUACGAAGUUCUAGGUCCCAUACUACCAUCAUUUUUAAUUGGUGCAACUCUAGGACUAACACAAAUCAUUGCAGGUGGUUAUGCAAAUUAUUUUAAUGGUCCAGGUUAUAAUAUGGCUAGAUGUUUAGGUCCUGCGGUUAUUAUUGGUUAUUGGCACGAUUUAUGGUUAUUUUUACUUGCACAAGCAUUAUCAUCAUUGGCAGUUGGAUUAUUAUUAUUGGUGAAUCCACCAUUCAAAACAAUUGCAACUCAUGUUGAAGAUGAAGAACCUAUAUUGGGUGAAAAUGUAAUUGAAAAGGGUGCAUGUGAUAGAAAAGUACCUGAUGAAGAUAGUAUUGAUCCAUUAGUAAAUGAUCAUGAUAAUAUGGGUAUGGGUAGUGGUAGUACACGUGGUAAAUUAACACCUGGAACACCAACAGGAUUCUAUAAACGAAAUCGAUCAAAAAACCGUCAUGGUGAUCAUCACCACAACAAUCAUCUUCAUAAUCUAUUACAUAAAAAUAAAGACCUUAGUAGUAUUAAUAAUACUGCUCAGUGGUCAUAG